AUGGGGACGGAGAGAUCAUUAUCAGGGAUGGAAAAGCUAAAUCUGAGAGUCCAAAGCAGUCAGGCAAAGUUUGUGGGCACUAUAGCAUCCAUCAGUGGAGCUCUAAUGAAUGAGAACUUACUUAACACUCACGUACCUCGUCAUCGGCAAAAUGUUUCUGGUUGGCUUGCUCAGAUACUAAAGCAUGUUGGAACAGACCUCAGCUGUCCUACUUUGGCAACAGCAAUAUCUGAUCUCACACCAGCUUUUGCCUUCAUCAUUGCUAUCAUUUGCAGGGAGGAAGACUUGACAAAGAAGAGUAGUCAAGCAAAGAGUGUUGGCACCAUAAUUUCAAUAGCAGGGGCAUUAAUUGUAACUUUAUAUAAAGGCGUACGUCUUACAAGUGCUUCUCCUCUGCCUGGGAAAUUCCUCGAUCAGCUUCUUUUCUCAGUUCAAUCUAAAUGGGUUAUUGCGGGUUUUAUACUUUUAUUGCAGAGCUUUUUCCAUGCACUUACUUUUGUAGUACAGAGUUGGGUUAUGGUGGAGUACUCUGCAGAGCUAGAUGAAACCCUGACGGACUACCCUGUGGAGUACCCUGAAGAGAGGGAGUACCCUGCAGAGCUAAUUGCAACCCUGAGGGAGUACCUGAGGGAGUACACCGCAGAGCUAAUUGCAACCCUGUUUUGUUGUAUCUCUAUGACCAUAAUAUCUGCAAUAGUAGCUCUGAUUGCUGAGAGAUCAAACCCAGAUGCUUGGCAAAUCAAGUCUAAUAUGGAGCUUAUUGCAAUUGGGUUUAAUGCAGUUUUUGCGAUAGCAUUUGGAAAAGCUGUUCAUUUAUGGGCAGUCCGCAAGAAGGGUCCCAUAUAUCGUGCCGCGUUUAAGCCACUUAGAACUGUCAUUGCAUUCAUCUUUGGGAUUAUUUUUCAAGGGGAAACCAUCUACCUUGGAAGGGUGAUUGCAGGGGCUAUUGUAACUGGGGGAUUUUACGCCGUGAUUUGGGGAAAAGCCCAAGAAGACCAGGUUGUUGAACAUAGUCAACCACGCCCCGCUGAUUGCUCAUAA